AUGGAGUGGGAAGGGCCGCCCAAGCAAGGCUUGUACGACCCUCAGAACGAGCACGAAGCCUGCGGUGUUGGUUUUGUUGUUGCUAUCGACGGGAAACGCACUCAUAAAAUCGUCCGCGAUGCGGAAACUCUCGCUAAGCGCAUGGAGCACCGCGGCGCGUGCGCGUGCGACAACGACACCGGCGACGGCGCUGGUGUGUUGACCGCGAUCCCUCAUCAGUUCUACUGCGCUCAACUCAGAGAUUCUCACCAAAUAGACUUGCCGGCGUUCGGCCGUUACGCUACCGGCAUCUUCUUCCUUGAUAAACUCCACCAUCAAGAGAUCGAGAACAAGUUCCAAGAGUUAUCCGAGAGCCUCGGACUUAAAGUACUCUGUUGGAGGACUGUUCCAACCAACAAUUCUACAAUCGGUCAAGUGGCUCGUAACUCGGAGCCAUUUAUGCGCCAAGUGUUUGUUACCGGAGAUAUAGAAGACGAGAAUCAGCUCUCACGUCAGGUGUUCGUGUUGAGGAAGAGGGCUUCACAUGAACUGGUGGUGCCGGGAGCGAGGUUCUAUAUAUGCAGUUUGUCAUUGAAGACUGUUGUUUACAAAGGACUGCUGACGUCCAAUCAAUUAUGGGAGUACUUCAAGGACCUAACCAAUCCAGCGUUCACGACGUAUCUGGCAUUAGUCCACACACGAUUCUCAACCAACACUUUCCCCAGCUGGGAAAGAGCACACCCUUUGAGAGUUCUUGCCCACAAUGGCGAAAUAAAUACAUUACGAGGUAAUGUGAAUCUGAUGAAAGCCCGUGAGGGUGUUAUGAAGAGUGAGCUCUUUGGUGAAGAUCUGAAGAAGCUCUACCCUGUGGUGGAGCCGAACUUGUCUGAUUCCGGUUCCGCGGACUGCGUACUGGAAUUUCUAGUACAAUGCGGACGCCGCUCCCUGCCCGAGGCAGUGAUGACGAUGGUGCCCGAGGCCUGGCAGAACGAUACCACCAUGCCCCACGACAAGCGGGACUACUACCAGUGGGCCUCCUCCGCCAUGGAGCCCUGGGACGGGCCCGCGCUCGUCUCCUUCACUGACGGACGGUACAUAGGAGCUAUAUUGGACAGAAAUGGGCUACGUCCGUCUCGUUUCUACGUGACUAGUGAAAAUAUACUCGUCAUGGCAUCCGAAGUAGGCGUCUAUGACGUAGACCCAGACAAAAUCAUACUUAAGAGUCGUUUGAAGCCUGGCCGUAUGUUGCUAGUGGACACCCAAGACAAAAAGAUUAUACAAGACGUAGAACUGAAGAUGCAGAUCGCACGAAGCCGUCCACACUCGCAGUGGCUCAAGGAACAGAUCACGAUGGAGGACAUCCACAAGUCGGUCUCGAGUGGAGGGGGGGACGACGGGGCGUGGGAGGGGGUGGGCGCCAUCGAGGGGCUCGGGGACAAGCGCCUCGGCCUGUUCGGGUACACGCUCGAGUCCAUCAACAUGUUGCUCGUGCCCAUGAUACAGAACAAGAAGGAGGCGUUGGGCAGUAUGGGCAACGAUGCCCCACUCGCGUGCCUGUCGCUGUUCCAGCCGCUGCCCUACGAGUAUUUCAAGCAACUGUUCGCGCAGGUCACCAACCCACCCAUCGACCCCUUCAGGGAGAAGAUAGUAAUGUCGCUACUAUGUCCCAUCGGUCCGGCCCCUAAUAUCCUGGAACCGAGUGCGUCCUUCGUGCAUCGACUAUUUCUUCCGCAGCCGAUACUGUCGCUUAAAGAUCUCGAUGCAUUGCUGCGAUCCUCCCACCGCGGUUGGAAGACGAAGGUGUUAGAUUGCACGUACGAUUACAUGGAGGGUCCGAGUGGUCUGGAGCCGGCGCUGACCCACAUCGCUGCCGAAGCCCACUUGGCCGCCACUCAGGGCUACCAGCUGAUCGUACUCUCGGACCGCGCCGCGGGGCCCGCGCGCGUGCCCGUCAGCUCGCUGCUGGCCCUAGGCGCUGUUCACCAUCAUUUGAUCGAAACUAGACAGCGAAUGAAAGUGGGCCUCAUUGUGGAGACAGCGGAGGCCAGAGAGGUUCACCACAUGUGUGUGUUGCUUGGAUAUGGCGCAGAUGCGAUAUGUCCGUACUUGGCUUUCGAGUUGGCGUUCUCGUUGCGUAACGACAACAUACUAGAGCCUUCGCUCACAGACGAGGACAUAUACAAAGCAUACCAGAAAUCCAUCGAGACCGGACUGGCUAAGGUUAUGGCAAAAAUGGGUAUAAGUACACUGCAAUCUUACAAAAGCGCGCAGAUUUUCGAAGCUGUCGGUCUCAGUGAAGAGGUCAUCGACAAAUGUUUCAGAGGCACCCAGUCCAGGAUCGGUGGUGUGAAUUUCGAGCUUCUGUCUAAAGAAAUAUUUGACAGGCACGCGCUUACAUACACCAACAUAACUGACUGUCUCGUGUUACGGAACCCGGGCAACUAUCACUGGCGCGCGGGCGGCGAGAAACACAUCAACGACCCGCUCUCCAUCGCCAACCUGCAGGAGGCCGUGCUCGGCAACAAUAACAACGCUUACGAUAAAUUCAGGGAGAGCUCUUUGGAGUCUAUCAGAGCGUGCACCCUACGCGGACAACUAGAAUUGGUGAAAUUAGACGAACCUAUUCCCAUCAGCGAAGUGGAACCCGCCUCUGAGAUAGUCAAGAGAUUCGCCACUGGCGCCAUGUCUUUCGGGUCCAUAUCAUUGGAAGCGCACACGACUCUGGCUAUCGCUAUGAAUCGCAUCGGAGGCAAGUCCAAUACCGGCGAGGGUGGUGAGAACGCAGACAGAUAUUUGAAUCAGGACCCGCAAUGGAACCGUCGGUCCGCCAUCAAGCAGGUGGCUUCGGGCAGAUUUGGUGUGACCGCUUCGUACCUCGCGCACGCCGACCAUCUGCAGAUCAAAAUGGCGCAGGGGGCCAAGCCCGGCGAGGGGGGGGAGCUGCCCGGUUACAAAGUGACAGAAGACAUUGCAGCCACACGUUGCUCGGUACCAGGCGUUGGUCUUAUAUCUCCGCCUCCGCAUCACGACAUUUACUCUAUUGAAGAUUUGGCUGAACUAAUCUACGAUUUGAAAUGUGCCAACCCUACCGCGUGCGUGUCCGUCAAGUUGGUAUCGGAGGUCGGCGUAGGCGUCGUAGCAUCCGGAGUAGCGAAGGGUAAAGCGGAGCACAUAGUGAUAUCUGGCCACGACGGCGGCACCGGCGCCAGUUCGUGGACGGGCAUCAAGUCGGCGGGGCUGCCGUGGGAGCUCGGCGUGGCGGAGACCCACCAGGUGCUUGUGCUCAACGACUUAAGGUCGAGAGUCGUGGUGCAGGCCGACGGCCAGAUCAGGACCGGCUUCGACGUCAUGGUGGCCGCCCUCCUCGGCGCUGACGAGUUCGGAUUCAGUACCGCGCCGCUUAUAGCUAUGGGAUGCACAAUGAUGCGUAAGUGUCAUCUAAACACAUGCCCCGUGGGUAUCGCCACCCAGGAUCCCGUUCUCCGGAAGAAGUUCGCCGGGAAACCGGAACACGUCAUCAACUACUUCUUCAUGUUGGCCGAGGAGGUCCGCCAGCAUAUGGCGGAGGUGGGCGUGCGCAAGUUCCAGGAGUUGAUCGGUCGUACUGAUCUGCUGAAAGUUCGCGAGAAUAAUUCCAAUCCUAAGGCGCGACUACUGAACCUCUCCCUCAUACUGAAGAACGCUCUACACAUGCGGCCGGGUGUUAACAUACGGGCCGGCUCCAAAUCACAGGACUUUCAACUGGAGAAGCGUCUGGACAACCAGUUGAUAGAACAGUUCGCGCGCGUCAUCUCCGGCGAAGAAAAACACGCGGAGGUGCGCAUGCGCAUCACCAACGAGGACCGCGCAUUCACCUCCACACUCUCCUACCACAUCGCCAUGAAAUACGGUGACCAGGGUCUACCGGAUGGCAGCAGUAUCGACAUAUUCCUGACUGGGUCCGCGGGACAAAGCUUCUGCGCCUUCCUCGCGAGGGGCAUCACUGUCACGCUCGAGGGAGACGCAAACGAUUACGUUGGCAAAGGCCUGUCAGGUGGCAAAGUGAUCAUCUAUCCUCCAAAGAAUUCAUCUUUCGAGUCCCAUUUGAACGUGAUCGUCGGCAACGUGUGCUUGUAUGGAGCCACAUCCGGCCGAGCUUACUUCAGAGGUAUAGCGUCUGAGCGGUUCUGCGUGCGCAACUCCGGGUGCGUGGCGGUGGUGGAGGGCGUGGGCGACCACGGCUGCGAGUACAUGACGGGCGGCGUGGUACUCGUGCUGGGGCUCACCGGCAGGAACUUCGCGGCCGGCAUGAGCGGUGGCAUAGCUUACGUGUACGACAUAGAUGGGUCGUUCAACGGCAAAUGUAACCAAGAAAUGGUGGAACUCCUGCCUUUGGAAAUACAGAAAGACUUGGACGAGGUUAAGGUGCUGCUAGAAGAGUUUGUGCAGUUGACAGGAUCGGUGAUUGCUGAAGAGAUGCUAACCACUUGGCCAGAGCCGGCGAAGAAGUUCGUAAAGGUAUUCCCAUAUGAAUACCAGCGCGCGUUGAAGAGGAUGGCUCUGAAACAGUCACCGCCGAAGAUAGAAGCUAACGGCAGAACGGAGAACGGCGUCGCCGACAUUGAGGAGGCUGUCAGGGACGUGGAGUUGGAUAAGAAGAAUUUGGAGAAGAUUCUCGAUAAGACUAGGGGUUUCAUGAAGUACCCGCGCGAGACGUCCGUGUACCGUCCGGCCGAGAAACGGAUGCGCGACUGGGAGGAGAUAUACGAGCCCGCGCGGGUGCGGCGCGGCCUGCGCGUGCAGGCGGCCCGCUGUAUGGACUGCGGCGUGCCGUUCUGCCAGAGCCAGCACGGGUGCCCGCUCAACAACAUCAUCCCCAAGUGGAACGACCUCAUAUACCAGGGCCAGUGGAAGCAGGCCCUGCACCAUCUGCUGCAGACCAACAACUUCCCAGAGUUCACUGGUCGCGUUUGUCCGGCGCCGUGCGAGGGCGCUUGCGUGUUGGGAAUAAGCGAACCAGCGGUCACCAUCAAGAAUAUAGAGUGCGCCAUCAUUGAUCACGCGUUCGAGUCCGGGUGGAUACAACCACAGAUCCCACCGAACCGUAACGGUAAGACUGUAGCAGUGGUCGGGUCAGGUCCGGCUGGACUCGGUUGCGCACAUCAGCUGAAUAAGGCUGGAUAUUCGGUGACAGUGUUCGAACGUAACGACCGUCCCGGCGGGCUGCUGCAGUACGGGAUACCGUCCAUGAAGCUGAGCAAGGAGGUGGUCGCCAGGCGGAUACGGCUGCUCACCGCCGAGGGCAUCGCCUUCAAGUGUUGCGUGGACGUCGGCAAGGAUAUCUCCGCGCAAGACUUGGCCAACGAGUACGACGCGUUGGUCCUGUGCAUGGGCGCGACGUGGCCCCGCGACCUGCCGCUGAAGGGCCGGCAGCUGAACGGUAUACACUUCGCGAUGGAGUUCCUCGAGACCUGGCAGAAGCGGCAGGCCGGCCCCCCCGCGCACCGCCCGCCCCCGCCCGCGCACGCCCCGCCCCACCUCAGCGCCAAGGACAAGGACGUGCUCAUCAUCGGGGGAGGCGAUACCGGUUGUGACUGUAUAGCGACGUCGCUGCGACAGGGUGCUAAAUCUAUCACGACAUUCGAAAUCUUACCGGAACCGAAGAAGACGCGAGGAGCUGACAACCCCUGGCCGCAAUGGCCUCGAGUGUUCAGAGUCGAUUAUGGACAUGAGGAAGUAAAAGUUAAAUUCGGCAGCGAUCCCAGGAAAUUCUCCACACUCACCAAAGAGUUCCUGGACGACGGUGAGGGCAACGUAUGCGGUGUGUCCGCCGUAGAAGUGGAAUGGAAACGUGGCGCGGGAGGGAGAUGGGAGAUGUGCGAGCUAGAGGGCACCACACGCGUGUAUCGGGCAGACCUCGUACUGCUCGCCAUGGGCUUCCUUGGACCGGAGAGAUAUGUCGCCAAUCAGCUCGACUUGCCCCUGGACGCACGUAGCAACAUAGAAACAAACAAAACCAACAUUUACAACACGCCUGUUAAGAACGUUUUCGCUGCGGGAGAUUGUCGCCGUGGACAGUCUUUAGUUGUGUGGGCGAUAUCGGAGGGCCGUCAGGCUGCGCGCGCGGUCGACACUUACCUAAGUGGCCGAUCCUCGCUGCCCGGACCCGGAGGCGUCAUACUCGACCAUUAA